AUGCUGGCCACCAGCAGUGGCUUGUCCACACUGAUGUGCUCCAGAGGGUACCUUCCUGCUUGCCUUACAACUUUAGCCCAGCUCUGGUUCUGCAGACCUGCUCUGGCACUGGCAAACCAGCAAACUUCUCUGCCAUCAAGUAGGUUCUCCUACACCUUCUCCAAUGAGGGCCAGUUUCUGCGCAUUGCACAUUUUUUUUUUUUCCUGGCCACGCCCCCGCCGCCAGCCUGGGCGCCUGGGGUCGCCCCUGCCCCGCAGCCCGGGGGUCUGAUCGCCCCGCAAGCGGGGAUCCCGCACGCCGCGCAGCCUGGCGACUGUCCCGAGCUGCCGCCCGACCUCCUGCUGGCCGAGCGGGCCGAACCCGCGCCGGCCCCAGCGCUCCAGGAGGAGGCGGAGGGCCCGGUUGCUGCUGAGAGCCCCCGCGGGCCGCUAGGCCAGGGCCAGGGCGUGGUGCUGUACCUGUGUCCUGAGGCGCAGUGCGGACAAACCUUUGCCAAGAAGCACCAGCUGAAGGUGCACCUGCUGACGCACAGCAGCAGCCAGGGCCAGCGGCCCUUCAAGUGCCCCCUGGGCGGUUGCGGCUGGACUUUCACCACCUCGUACAAGCUCAAGAGGCACCUGCAGUCACACGACAAACUGAGGCCCUUUGGCUGCCCGGCAGAGGGCUGUGGCAAGAGCUUCACCACGGUGUAUAACCUCAAAGCACACAUGAAGGGCCAUGAGCAGGAGAACUCAUUCAAAUGCGAGGUGUGUGAGGAGACCUUCCCCACGCAGGCCAAACUCAGCGCCCACCAGCGCAGCCACUUCGAGCCUGAGAGACCCUACCAGUGCGCGUUUUCGGGCUGCAAGAAGACGUUUAUCACAGUGAGUGCCCUGUUUUCCCAUAACCGCGCCCACUUCAGGGAACAAGAACUCUUUUCCUGCUCUUUUCCUGGCUGCAGCAAACAGUACGACAAGGCUUGUAGGUUGAAAAUUCACCUUCGGAGCCACACUGGUGAGAGACCGUUCCUUUGUGACUUUGAGGGCUGCGGCUGGAACUUCACCAGCAUGUCCAAACUCCUAAGGCACAAAAGGAAGCACGACGAUGACCGGAGGUUCAUGUGUCCUGUAGAAGGCUGUGGGAAAUCGUUCACGAGGGCCGAACAUCUGAAAGGCCACAGCAUAACCCACCUGGGCACAAAGCCUUUUGUGUGCCCCGUGGAAGGCUGCUGUGCCAGGUUCUCUGCUCGCAGUAGUCUCUACAUUCACUCCAAGAAACACUUGCAGGAUGUGGACACUGGGAAAAGCCGAUGCCCAGUCUCCACUUGUAAUAAACUCUUCACAUCCAAGCACAGCAUGAAGACCCACAUGGCCAAAAGGCACAACCUGCGCCAGGAUCUCUUAGCUCAGCUAGAAGCUGCAAAUUCUCUUACGCCCAGCAGUGAACUUACCAGCCAGGGGCAGAAUGACCUCAGUGAUGCAGAGCUUGUGUCUCUCUUCUCUGGUGUGCCCGGUAAUAGUUCUGCUGCAGUAUUGGACACCGCAUUGGUGAACUCUGGGAUCUUGACUAUUGAUGUGGCUUCUGUGAACUCAACUCUGGCAGGGAAGCUCCCUGCUAAUAAUAAUAAUAAUUCCUUAGGGCAGGCGGUGGACCCUCAGGCCUUGAUGGCCACCAGUGACCUUCCUCAAAGUCUGGAUACCUCACUCUUCUUUGGAACGACAGCCGCUGGUUUUCAGCAGAGUCCCUUAGAUACGGAUGAUGUCUCAAGUCUAAGUGCGGGGCCGUUGGGAUCUCUGAGCUCUUUGGCUAUGAAAACCUCGAGUCAAGAGCCCCAAGCUUUGACCCCCAGCAGAGGAAGAAACCCAGUUUGCAUUCUCCAAUCCAGCAGGAAACCAUGGGUCUCAGAAAGAAACAGAUCUUAUCACAGUGACUGGCAGCUCAUUUUUGGUAUGAACUAAACUCUGUUCAUUCCUUGCCACAUGGCUUACUUUUAUUGAUGACACUCAAGUUUAAGAGUAUUCUGGACUAAAUGUUUAAAUGCAGUCAUUUCUUAUAGGUUUGAAAAAGGACAGAACCCUGGGCUACAAGUUUGGAGAUUUAAAUUCUGAUCUUGAGUCUGGAACUGACAGGUUGUGUGACCCUGAGCAAGUCACUUAUCCUAUCUGAGCCUUAAUUUCCUUAUUUAUAAAAUGAGGUGGUUUGAAUAGAUUGUUUCUAAGGUCUUUUUAACUCUAUGAUUCCUUGAUAAUAUGCUUCUUUCCUUGAAAAAAUUUAGGAAAUUUUUCAGUGAUGUUGCAUGUGCUUUUUUUCAAACAUGCAUAAAAUGCACAUAAUAGUAGUAUGAACAUUCGUGUAUAUGACACCAACUUCAGCUAUUAUCAAUUCAUGAACAUUUUUGUUUAUAUAAUCUCCAUUCUUACCCUCUCCCAGUAUUAUUUUGAAAUAAAUACCAGAUAUCACAUCAUUUCAAGCAUAAAUAUGCAGUAUAUAUUUCUAUAAAGCAUGGGCUCUUUUGGAAAAAUUUUCAGUUCCAUUAUCAUACUGAAAGUUAACAGUAGUCCUUUGAUACUGUCAGAGUUCCAACUUAUAAUUGUCUCAUAAAUGCUAUUUGUUUUAAUAUUUUUAACAAUUAGAAUCCCAGUAAGCCUCUUAACUGUCUUUUUAAUCUGUAUGUUACCCUGUCUCUUUUCUUGCAAUUUUAUUCAUUGAAGAAAGGAAGUUGUUUCACAUGUAGCAUUUGCCACAGUCUUAAGUUUUGGUAAUUAUAUCCCUGUGGUGGUAAGUUCCCCUACCCUCUGUUUCCUUAAUUUGGUAGUUGGAUCUAGAGACUUGAUCAGAAUGGAAAUAUGAUUUGGGGGGUAGGAAUGUUUCAUAUGUCGUGUUGUGUUCUUUUAGCAGGUGACACAUAAUGUCUGGUUUUCUCUCGUGAUAUUUGCAGCUGCUGGUGAUUGGUGCAUUAAUUCAUGAUUACCUGUGCUUCUGAUAUCAUGAAUUGUUCUUGUGGAGUUACUAUUAGUGGAGGAAGAAAUGCUGUUGAAGGCAUGUAUAAAAGUUUGUUAGAAAUAUUAUUCAAUGCCAAAAUAGUUUCUUAAAGGUAGAACUAACAAGAAAAAAAAGUAGCAACAAAUGUUUUGACUCUGCUCCCCAUUUAUCUUCCUCACCUCUUUUGAUGAUGGGAGGCUUUGCUGUUCUAGAAAUUGUCAGCCAGGACUUUGACAUGAAACAGACCCACAGUCAAAUUCAUGUUGGAUAAGUGGCCUUGAAUAAAUUAAUUUCACUAAGCCUCAGUUUCUUAGCUAUCAAAGCAUCAUAGCAAUGCACACACAUAGCUAACACACCUGAGACUUUUAAUCUUUUCCAGUUUUUAAUGUGUAAAGAAAAAUACUAUGUGCUUUGACAUAUUUUGAUGAAUUUAUAUAAUCAUUUUACUAUCUCAAUCCUUCCUACUGUAAAGAAGAAAUUGGGAUAAUUUAAUCCUGUUCAUGUCCAGACAAGGUUUGUGAGAGUUAGGGUGUAGCAAGAUAGGGAAUCUCUUUAUUCCCUCCACUGAAUUAUUUCCCCCCAGGAAUUUCUGUGGCUAAUGCCAGGAGUGGAAACAUUGCUCACAGGUAUAUCUGCAUCCCUGUUCAUUAGACCAAUUUGUCACCAUCUUUGCUCUGAUUCCAGAGUUAGACUUUGCUGUAACUGCAGAGUCUGCUGUUGCAAGAAACUGAUAAUGGAGCAGAGAAGGUUUCCUCCUCUCUGUAGUCUGGAGAGCUCAUUGUUUGCAUUUUCCCAGAGUUGGAAGGAAAGAUUGAAGCUGAAUAUUGUGUGAAAUGUCUGUCUUAUAUGAGUGUAGCAUUUUGAAUUUUGUGGAACAUCUUCACAACUGUUGUUCAGAGCAACCCUGUGUGGUAGUUUUGGCAAAGUUUGUUCUGUGACUCAUGGCAUUUUAGCAAAUGCACAUUCCAAAUGGACUUUGGCUAGUGACUGACAGUUCUAUAUAUAUCAAUAGCUUAAAACAAAGAAGAUAAAAUAUUUUCACCUCUCACUUCCCACCCAUCCAAUUUUCAUGAUUUAUCCCUGUCAUAACUAGCUGCUGUUUUCCACUUUAAUUGGCUUCUGUUAACUUUCUGUUUACUUUCUUUCCAGUCCACUCCCAUGUAUGUGCAUUCCAGCCCUUACCAUGCCUUACUUUUUAUUUUUUAAUGGAUAGAUCUCUUCCUGCUACUAUUCCUCAGAUCUCCUCAUAGCCCAUUUUCUUCCAAUGAUAACAUUUGCUGAGUGUACACUGCAGUUGUGCGUAUAGUAAGAAGUUAUUUUCUGAGCUUAGAUAAUACUGUGUGUAUAUAUGAUUCAGAUGGUAAAAGACAUUAUUUUCUAUAUUGUUAAGAUGAGAAGUAGAUUUCUGUUUUAUUAUUUCCAUUUUUUAAAAGUUUUUGCCAAGGAGUUCAGCUAAAACUCGUAUUUGCUGUAGUGUACUAGCCCAGUAGUGUUUGCAUGUGAAUGCCUAUGGAUGACAGUUAUUGUAGCUCUUUGGCAGUGCACUAAAAAAUUGUCACUUUGAUAUGUUUAUGUACUGUGUGUAUGGGGGUAUACACACACAUACACACACAUAUUUUUUUAAGUGGUUUUAUUCAUUUAGUGAUAAACAAAAACUAGGCAUACUUUUGUAAAUCAGAGAAAUGCUUAGAAUUUCAUUGUGUCUACACAUUCAAUGGUUUUAUCUCUUUGCUUUGGAAAUAUUUGUAUUCAUAAAGCACAUUUCAAAAAUAUUGUCAUUCAUUAAGGCCUCUUAGAUUGAUCACUGUUUUUCAUGUCUGGCAGUUAACGUGUGUCGAGGAUUGAAAUGAACACACAAGUAGCGAACAUCAAAUAAAUUACUUAAACAUGA